GUUUAACUUCUUAUCAUUGAGUUGAGGAUGUGGCCUUCAAUACGGGUGAUUGAGAGCGCGUGCUGUGUAAUUUAUGGCAGCAGCUCAGUGCAAUGCUCCAGCAGCUCGAAACUGAAUGCUCAUAGGACAUUGUGGUAGUAUUGCAGGGAGGGGCCAUUGAUGGAUGUUUACUUAAUAGAUCGUAAGCUUCACAGCAGAUUCUUGAACCUUACAAACACAAUGUUUCGUAGGCUUUGGUUGGUGUUGCUGAUGUUUAUUCCCAUGAAGGUUGUCGAACUGCUGCAUUGCUGUGUAAGAGUAGGUCUGGACCCCUAGUUAUUUGCUUCUUCAAUUUUCCAUGAGAAAGUUGGUCAUGCGGAAGCGCUGUUGCGCCCGGGUGGCCAGCAACAUAUGAAGGUGACAGACAGUUGCUUCUCAUCACCUUCGUGGACAGAAGAAGGUGCCGUAUUUUGAGCGUCAGUACUUCUCAGAGCACCUUCAUGAGGGCGGCGGAGAUGGCGUCGACAUCUCUGAAUUAUGAAUUGCAAUGGGCGUUCCUCAGCAUAGUCCUGACAACGCGUUCAUUUGUGAGCGCGGCAAACUUCGACUAUGGUGACGCACUGCACAAAAGUUUUCUGUUCCUGGAAGCUCAGCGGUCCGGCAAGCUGCCUGCCAAUCAGAGAGUGAACUGGCGAGGAGAUUCCGGCCUCUCAGAUGGAAGCUCCGCAGGAGUGGAUCUGGUUGGUGGUUAUUACGAUGCUGGUGACAAUGUCAAGUUUGGCUUGCCUCUGGCAUUCACUGUUACCAUGCUGUCGUGGAGUGUUCUUGAGUACGGAUCACAGUUGCAGUCUCAAGGACAGUUGCAGUACUCCUUGGACGCUAUAAAGUGGGGGACUGACUAUCUCAUCAAAGCUCAUCCAAGUCCCAAUUUCCUUUAUGGAGAGGUGGGGGAUGGAGAUUCCGAUCAUCUGUGCUGGCAGAGGCCGGAAGACAUGACCACAAGCCGCACGGCCUACGCAAUCACUCCACAGAGGCCAGGAUCGGAUCUGGCCGGUGAAACGGCUGCAGCUAUGGCAGCUGCAUCGUUGGCGUUUCGAAGCAGUAAUCCCUCGUACUCCGACGAGCUCCUUUUGCAUGCUCGACAACUGUUUACUUUUGCCGACACAUAUCGUGGCAAGUACGACAGCAGUAUACCUCAAGCGAAGAAGUAUUAUCAAUCAACAAGUGGAUAUGAUGAUGAGUUGCUUUGGGCUGCAGUGUGGCUGCAUGAGGCUUCUAGAGAAGAUGGUUAUUUGAAGUAUGUUGCUGAUAACGCGGAUCUACUGGGUGGCACGGGGUGGGGCAUGGAUCAAUUCAGCUGGGAUAACAAGUAUGCCGGAGUUCAGCUCAAAGUCACGAAGCUGCUUCUCAAUGGAAAAGCCGGAGAUUACACCUCACCAUUUCAACGCUACCAAGAAAAAGCUGAGUAUUAUCUGUGUGCCGCCAUCCACAAGAACCAUGGUCUGCAGAUGCCAAAAACGCCUGGUGGCAUGUACUGGAUAUUCUACUGGAAUCCGAUGCAGUAUGUCACCACCGCUGCCUUCCUGUUAACCGUCGGACAUGAUUAUUACUCUUCAUCAGGCCAGCAACUGUCGCAUUGCUCAUCUCCUGUUGAUAAUGCUGAGCUUCUUGCUGCAGGAAACGCGCAGGUGGAUUACAUUCUGGGUAACAACAACAGGAGAAUAAGUUAUCUUGUCGGUUUCGGCGAGAACUACCCUCAAAGAGUGCACCACAGAGCUUCUUCCAUGGUAGCCUUCAACAAGAAUUCCGGAUUCAUUGGUUGCAAGGAUGGCUAUGCCAAUUGGUACAACGCCCAAACGCCCAAUCCCAACCUUCUCGUGGGUGCGGUUGUUGGCGGUCCCGACCAGAAUGAUAACUUCAUCGAUCAAAGAGAUGCAUAUCUCAUGACUGAGCCGGCGAUCUACAAUACAGCCCCCUUGGUAGGGGUACUUGCUCGGCUGCAAGCUGGCGGGAGUACUCAAUACGCAGAAUUGAAUCAAUCUGCAGUUUCUGCAGUACGCUCUGCCACACAACAAAGCAAGAUAUUUCAUGGGGGCUCCCAUGCUCCACAUUUGGCAUUCCCACCAGUUCGAGUCGUGCAGAAGCUGCAGGAGGAAUGGAGCUACGGAGGACAGCGCUACUUCAAGUAUGUAGGGUCGUUGGAAAACUCAUCCAGGCACACUGUGAGCAGCCUCACUGUUGUCAUUCACAGGUUAUAUGGCCCUCUGUGGGGGUUGACGCCCCAGCAAACCAAUGGCAAUUCAUAUACCUUCCCUUCUCACACCAAAGCUUUGGCCCCUGGUCAGAAAAUAGACUUUACUUACAUUCAUCACAAUGAGGAGGCCCAAAUAUUUGUAGGCAGGUACACUCUUGUUUAGACCUUCACUUCAGGCCAUUGCAAUGUCCCGCUAGUGUAACUUGUUCCGAGCUGAUGCCUUGCAGGCCAACCGAACACACUAUUUUACACGAGGUCAAUCUUUGUUACAGAUCCUAAUGAUAAUUAAUAAUUAGCAACGGGUCUUUUCCAAGGUCCCUCCAGAUGGAUCCUUUGUCAGAAGUGUUUUCUAUAAUAUACGAUAAUUUUUUUGUGCUCUAGAAGCUUCA